UCGUAGAUCUACGACUUCAAAAUCUGCUUUCACACUUCACCACUUUUCACUUUUCUGUUUGUCGAGAAUGGCGCUGUCUUCCCUGUACAGAAUGACUACAAGACAUAGUCAUAGAAUAGCAUAUUGAUAUUGAAACCCAUGAUUCCUGGGCGAUAGGCUGGCUUUUUUCUUUCUCAAGUCAGCCAGUUUCCGGAGGUCGAAUAUACAAGGGGAGGGAGAUGAUUUCUCUCAAACUCCUAUUUUUCCAGUCGUUGUCCUUUCUGUUUUUAUUCUCAAGACCAUCACGAUGUGAGUUCAUCAAGCUAGCUACCAACAAGGAGUGUCCGCAUCCCGGCAGCCAGGAUGGCAACUCUCUGCCGCCACUCUUCCAGGCCGCCAGUGAGGACAGUGAGUACGUGGCUGACUACCCGGACGGCCACGUGUCGGAACUCACGCGCAUGAUCCACCAUUAUGAGUACGUGGCGGUUAUGAUGUACGCGCCGUGGAGCUCCUACUCGGCGCGCGGUGCCAGAGUGUUUGCCAGUGUUGCGCGCGGCAUCAACACCGACCCUAUCACCAGUGGCCGGAUGCAGUUUGUAGCUGUGAAUUGCUGGUGUGUGACGGGACAGUGCCGACAGCUCUUGCUCAGCCAAACCUUCCCGGCUCUGUUUGUGUAUCGGCGUGGAGAUCUCACGAAGCCGGCCAAGUUCCUCGGCCACCUCUCCCCGUCAUCUUGGCCUCUGACGCUGUUCCUGCGCAUUGUACUGAAACCAGUUACUCUGAUCAAGGAUACCAGCAUGCUGAAACACACCCUUGCUCUGCAUGAGAACGUUGUACUAGGUCAUGCUCCCAGUGAACAGAUCUCAACCGACAACACUGGUGGUGGUGAUGGUGCUGAUCAACAUGCUGCUGCUUAUAAGGUGCUGCGCGAGGCAGCCUGGACAGCUCUUCUGCAAGGCUCGCAGCCACUCUACGAUGUCCAGUACGGCGUCACGAGCAGCCCGACGGUGGCGCGGUUUCUCAAUCUGACGUCGGUGCCACCGUCGGUUACCCUGCUGACCGCGAUAGGAGAGAGAAAGGAACUCACUGGCAGGAUCCGCCGUGCCGAUAUCGAGCACCUUGCUGCCGGUGCACCGCCAAGUUGUGUGGUUGAAUACGUUGCGCGUGAGUCACAUCACAUGGUCUUUAAGCACGGUCCCGUUCUCCUGCUCUUCAUUCCGCUCAACGAUACAGCCAAGCGAGAGACUUAUCUCAAAUUGUUUCGACGCGUAGCCUUGCCAAACUGCCAAUGCCGGCACACUUGCUCUCAGCUCCCGGCAGACACGCACACGCGCUGCUGCCAACGCGAGCCAACCAGACUCAGCCACAACCUGCAACACAUACCCAAAAAACUGUGCCAUAUCUACCCGCAUGGGUAUGAUUACCAGCAGCAGCAACAACAACAACAACAACAACAACAACAACAACAACAACAACAACAACAGCAGCAGCAGCAGCAGCAGCAGCAGGAAGAAGAAGAAGAGGAGCAGCAAUGGGAUAGUGGAACAGGGCAAGAUCAUGACGAAGGCCAUGUGCCGGAAGAAUCUCCACCAUUGCCGUCAUCGUCGUUGUCGUCGACACCUGCUAUUAUGCUUGGCAAGGUGUUCUUGGCGGUGGUGCACAAGCGGUGCAUGCUUGAGCUCAGUCUCGAAACCAAGGCGUUCAUUGUGUUCGAUGCUCACGCCAGGGCAUGCAGUAACGCUUCGUUCACGCGCUGCCAACGCUACCAGGUGUGUCGCUGUGACGCCCUGCAUGGGCAAGCUCGCCACCGCUCCCCCGAGGCCAGGAAACUGCUCCGCCUGCGCUAUCGGUUUGCGGACAUCACUGAGUUUGAUGAGCUGGCACGGCGCCUGGGCUGGAGGAGUGGUAGCUCUUCGCCGACCACCACCGCCUUGGUUAUUGUUGAUAGCAAGGCUGGCAAUAGUUACGUUGUCAGUGAAGCUCUUGGAAAACUGACCGGCACCCUUAUGAACGAUUUUAUCCGCAACUACACCACCGGAGUGCUGAAGGCAAGUCAUCGGUCCGAGCCCCCGUCCGCUCGUGAGCCAACCACAUCCCCUGACAGCACUGCUGAAGAUGAUCACCAGCAGCAGCAGCAACAGCAGACAAUGACAGUGUCAUCUGCAACGCAUGCGCACAUCAUGGAGGUGUCGUCGGACUCUUUCCCCACUCUGGUUCAGAACAGCACAAAGCACGUGUGCUUGAUGUACCACCUCCCCUCCCUGGGCCUGUCCAUGGCCUCAUUGGUGACAUUUGUGGAGACUGCCAAGCUUCUCUGGAUGGACGACGCGCUAGUGUUUGCACGGAUUCGCAUGGACCGGAACAGUCUGCCUGGUAGAUAUACACCACCAAGACUGCCGGCAUUCGUCCUGUUUCUUGCCGGAGGACGCAGCCCAGCACUACGCUACCCAAGCACCGCUCCCGUUGACCCACAACACCUGCAGCACUUCCUCACCUACUAUCUAGAGAGACACCGCAACAGUAGCACGUGCUCACCAACGCACACACGUACCACGGUAGAGACGAGCAACGAUCAAGGACAGGAGCCAACACCUGUGUCCCCACAACCAUCACAAUGCUCUGACGAAAGCCAACACCAAAGCCUCCAGCAGGAGCAGCGCUUGCACGUGGUACGCCAGAUGGACACGCACGCACGGCACCUCAGUGCGCAGCUCAAGCAUGCUCACGUCCAGCCCCGGUGGAUGUCGGAGCAACAGGAAACAGAUGCUGAACUAAAUCGACGUGCUGCUUCACAGAAGCUCGAGGAAGCCGUUGAGCACACGCGUGUGGUCACGUCCGACCUCCGGAACAGCAGUGCAUGGUUGAAGGACCUCACGGAAACUCGCCAACAUCUCGCAGACCGCUUCACGGCACUGCGAGCAGAAGUCAACAGACUGCAACAUGAGCGCGCUCUAAAGACGCUCAGUAUCGCCGUAUCGCGUGAUCUGGCGCGCCUUCGUGUCGUGCGUCAAAUGGCACGUCUGGAGAAAGACUCUAUCCUGCACUCAACACCAUUGGUCGUCACACCAUCGUCGGUACGAGCGAGGAUGUCUGAGCUGUUGGGCUGGCUUCAAGCGAACUUUGAGCGCGCUCGAGUAGCGCAAAUGUCCGCAUGUGAGCGCGAGGCAAACGCACCCCAACCCGUGCAUGCGGAGGAAGCCGAAGCUAUUGUAGUUGCCAUGAAAGACGCCCACUCCAGGGUUGUGAAUCUGGCAGUGCGGGAGGAUAGUGAUGCUGCAAGCAGCUUGAAUGAUCGCACGGCCCAGCAAGCAAACGUCUUCGACACCACCAGCAGCGGCAGCAGCAGAAGCAAUCCUGACGUAAUCGCCCGUGGUGAUGACAUCACUGUUGACAGUGAUGACAUCAUGACUGCGGAUGAUGACGUCGUGCGGGCGAAUACUAUGCAUCCAUCCAGUCCGGAUCAAGCGCAUGACCCGCCACCCCAGGCAGAGCCAGGUGAUCCAACAUCAGACAUUGUAGGCGCAGAAGGUUAUUCGGCAGCUGAUGAUCUCCGGGAUGAACAGCCAUGGCUUGACCAAGAAGAUCAGCCGUGGCUCGACUACAAUGAUCAGCCAUGGCUUGACCAGGAGGACGUGCGUGAACAUCACAACGGCCAUGAUGAAGAAGGGUAUGCUCAGCAGCUUGAUCCAUCGCACCCCGAUCAGCCAGAUGAUGACUCUAACACACACAGUAUCCCGCAAGAGGAACAUGCUAGUCAGCUUGCUGACGCAGCAACGGAAGAGCAGUACGAUGCAGAACACUUUGGCCGACAACAUCUGGAGGAAGCGGUUGAGCCGCAACUAGCUGAAACAACAACAGAAGAGCAGUACGACGCAGAGCGCUUUGACCGACAACACCUAGAGCCAGUAGAGGAAGUGGUUGAGCAGCAGCUAGCUCAAGAUGAGGAAGAAGAGUAUGAUAUCGGGCAGGAGCAUGCGACCGAUGAUGACCAAGUGCUUACGACUGAUGAUGGCCAAGUGCCUAUGACUCAUGGUGACCAAGUGCUCUUGUCAGACGAGGGACAGGGUCCGGUUGACGCCGACCGUGGAGAUGUUCACACGCCUGGCGAUGGCCUUGGCGACGGUGUACACGACGCGGUCAACGAUGUUGCAGAAAGCGAUCCCGAUCAGGCACCAUAUGGCGAGACAGAUGCCAACACUAACAAUAGCCCACUCUCAGAGGGGGUGACUUCAGACAGCAGCAGGCGAGAGGCACUUGGACAAGCAGAAAGCGAUCCCUACCAGGCACCACCAUAUGGCGAGACAGACGCCAACACUAAUAAUAGCCCACUCUCAGAGGGGGUGGAAUCAGACAGCAGCAGCAGCAACAAACAAGAUCAACACAAUGACUCACCAGUGCUGGAGUGUAGGCAGGCAGCCGCAGAGCACUACUCUCAGCCACAGGCAGCGACAGAACACACUAUCAGCAGUGUUAUUGGCAUGGCCGGGCUCACCUCCCCGUUCGCUAAUGCCGCACUUCGCACGUUCGCACUGGCGUUGGACGAUCGGCAGCUUAGAGCAGCCGUGGAGACGGCAGGGAAUGACGAUACGUUUCCAACGAUGAUCACACUUCUCGCUCGUGCUUUCGGCGAAUUCGGGAGUUCGCCACGCCUCGGAUUAGCGCCACUGCCCACCAGCACUGAAGCGAAUGAGCUUGCUCGUUAUCGACCUCUCGUUGCGUCCAUUUCGGCGACACUGAGUGCCGUCGACAGUCGCAUCGAAGUGCUACGCCUCCACAUGACCGAAUCCAAGUUUGUCCUCUCGCAGCUGGUCGAGUGUGUAAGACACUCGAUAGAUUCCCUAAUUAAUGAGCUCAUUCCCACGGAGGAGUAGCGAUCAUUCCUCCGCAAGUGGCUGGUCGUCUCGUCUUGUGGCGAUGACUGCAACAUCGAUGUCAUCGUGCGGCAUUUGAUGCUGUCAUUUGGCUGUGCAAUGAUGUCAUCAAGCUGUGAUGAGUCUGACGGUGUCUUUCGAAGCACUCAUGCGUUGUGCUGACUGCUGACCCUGGACCUUGCAGCACCUCGAUUAUGAUGACAUCAUCGUUACAUCAUCAUCCUCUUUUGUGAUGAUGCCAUUGAUCCAUUCUGGAUCACAAGGCACUAUGGCUUUUGGUGUCGAUUACCGGUGCGUGCCUCUGCUGUACUGCUGUGCAGUCUGACCCAGCACCGUACAGCAUCAUCGUCCUCUUUUGUGGUGAUGUCAUUGGUCCGUUCUGGAUCGUAGCCGUAGGGCACUGUGGCUUGUUGGUGUUGAUUACCGGUGCGUGCCUCUGCUGUACUGCUGUAUUACUGUGCAGUCAGCCGUACAGCACACUCCUGAUCACUGUGCUCGACGUUGCCGUCACUGCCAAAUGACCCUAUCUCCUACUGUGCGCGCUGCUGCGUGCAUCGACUCUACACUCCGACUGCACGCCUCCAGACCUGUUGGAUUGCCGGACUAGCAGCCUACCCUAUGUAAGCAAGAAGGAGAACACGUGCACUGCUAUAGGCGGGUGAACGUGUCUGCACAUGGCGGCGGCACUUUUCUCAACACCACAGUACGUGCCAGUACUGGGUAUAACAUUAUACAGAAUGCCAGCAUCACGCUUUUGGCCAGUAUGGCAUGCAUGCUUGAAGCUUCUGGCCAGUGUGAGCAUGUCUGUACCUGUAAUGGCCUAGCAUGGUCGCACUGGACAGUGGCACUGCAAAGUCUGCUGUGCUGCAAUGUGAUUGCACUGCGGCAAGUGUGCGGGGCAUCACUGCACUUCUGACCACCGGUAUCACGUAGCGUCGUCUAUUUCUUGACCGGUAUGACGUCAUCUGGAAUGCCGGCAUCACACUUUUGACCAGUAUGGCACGAUUGAAGCUGCUGCACUGGUCGGUAUGACACGACGUCAUCACGCUCCUGACCACUAUAGGCUAUAGCAUGACAUCCUCAUGUUUCUGAGCAUUAUGACAUUGCUUCUGACCAGAAUAGUAUGAAAUUAUCACGCUUCUGAAUGAGGGGAUAUGACGUCAUCAUGCUUCUGACCAGUAUGGCAUGAUGUCAUCACAUUUCUAACCUGUAUGGCAUGACAUCAUCGUGCUUCUGACCAGUUCAGCAUGAUGUCAUCACGCUUCUGACCAGUAUGACAUGACAUGGUCUCACUGUACUGUAUAAUUUUAUUGUAGUGCAGUACGAUGACAGUAAACUGCUGCACACAUCAACACAGUCAGUGCUGUAUGAUAUCGUUAGCUUGCCACGGCUUGUCACUGGUCAGCUACUGGCUCGUCUGGAAUACUACACACUAUGAGUGCGGUGUCAGCGUGUCAGCAAAUCCGGCGAACAGCACUGUCCUAUUCUAGGACUUCCGGCAGCAAUUAUGUCAGCGAUGUUUACUCCUUUGCUAUGGCAUAAUUAUGUGUGGAAGUAGCUCGCUGCCAUGCCAAUAUUCCGAAACUUUGGUGUGCGAGGACAUUUUUUAGAUUGUACUAUUUUUAAUUUAUUCUGGUGUUUAGCGAUUCUUUGAAAACGCUUUUCUGCUUGUCCGGUACGGCGGCGUUGUACCGCCGUUUCGUGUAGACACAUUCUCUGCUUUGCACCUCGCUCUUGGUCUCGACCAGGGAGUGGUAUUUUUACUACUCCCUGGGGAUUAUUCUGCGGCAUUUUCUGCUUGGCCUUUACUGGUUUUCGCACACAUAGCUCACAUGCACUGGGUACACUUCGGUUCUACAUGUACCCAGUACCAGUGUGUCCACUACUCAAUGACAAUGCAAUCCAAUCACACACGCACAGGUGUGCAUGAAA